AUGAAGCACCUCGCAGCUUACCUUCUUCUCGGCCUCGGAGGCAACACCUCCCCCUCUGCCGCCGAUGUCAAGGCCGUUCUCGAGUCCGUUGGCAUUGAGGCCGACGACGAGCGCCUCAACACCCUGAUCUCCGAGCUCAAGGGCAAGGACAUCCAGGAGCUCAUUGCUGAGGGCUCUGAGAAGCUCGCUUCCGUUCCCUCCGGCGGUGCUGGUGGUGCCGCCGCCGGUGGUGCUGCUGCCGCUGGCGGUGCCGCUGAGGAGGCCAAGGAGGAGGACAAGGAGUCCGAGAAGGAGGAGUCCGACGAGGAUAUGGGCUUCGGUCUCUUCGACUAA